GACAAAAUAGUUCAAGAUGGAAGAUGAAAAGGCAACCUCCUCAAUUGAUCUUGAUUCACUCACUCCUCACGUUGAUGAGGAAGAUUGUGAUGAGGAUCUUGAUUUAACACAAAUGGACGCGCGUACAUGGUUAGUCAAAGUGCCCAAGUUUUUGUCCGAACGAUGGCAGCAACACGCCCAAGCAAGUGGAGAUGGGGUAGAAUUGGCUCGUAUGAGAGUACAUGAUCAGGAUGCCGCUGGUAAUCGAAAAAUUGAGAUCAUUCUCCCAGAUCUUCCAGACCUUCCAGCUGUACCGACGAACUAUACUCUUGAUGUCAGAAAUCCAGCUAGUACAAACCUAUACGUAUUUGAUGAGCUUUCAAAACCUGAGGUGGUUGGUACCAGCACCGUGAAGAAUGAAAUGCCUGCCUCUGGAUCUGCUAAUAAUCAGCUCAACAAGCCUCGUCGACCGCGCCCCAAGGUUGCACGUCGACCCCGAGUUACAGGGAAGAUUAUGCACGAGUGUCUCGUUUCACCCGUUAUCAAUGACUCAUAUCGAGCCGUGAUGCGUGCUCGACAACAGAAAGCAUCUCAACCUAAACGAACAAUCAAGCGGGUGAAUGAGGAUGUAGGAACACUUAACCGAAUGGCGAGUGGUAUAUCGACCCAAGUUCAGGCUAACAAGUUUGCUGCCUUCACUAGAGCAGCAGGACCGUCAACGAAGUCAACAGAGAAAUUCACUAGAAUGCCUCGCACCGAACUUCUCGAUGCAUUAUUUGCAGGCUUUCUUCGAUACGAAUACUGGUCGAUGAAAUCACUCAGGGAUCAAACAAAGCAACCAGAAGCUUAUCUUCGAGAGGUCCUAUCAGAUAUCGCCACACUUCUGAAGGCUGGUCCAUAUGUUGGACAUUGGGUGCUUAAGCCUCAAUAUGCACAACUCAAUCGAUCGAAAGCUGCUGCCCAGGCAGCUGAAGCUGAGGCAGCUGAAGAAGCUAGAAAGUCCAGUCCUGUGAAAAUGGAUGAAGAUUUGCCUGAUGGUCAAGAUGAUGAUGUUGAUCUAGAUGACGACGACGGUGAUGAUGAUGAUGACAUGGAGGAGGUCAUUUGAUCAAUUGGCUUGCUACCUUUGUCUAUAUUAUUUUACAUGUAUAAUACUUACAGCCUUCUUCUAAUCAUUCAUAUUCAAUCUAUCACACGAUUAUUGG